AUGUCAGAACAACAACCCCCCGCGUACGACGGGGCUGCAGACAACACGCCCACAGCAAUGAUCCAAGUCGUCCUCACCAUCCCCAACACUACCAUCACCCAGCUCACAAGUGCAAUCGCCAAAAAAAAGCUCAUUGGAACGGGAGAGCUCAAAGUCUAUUCCACAUCCACCGUCCCCUCCAAAGGUUCUUCUUCCUCCCCAACAUCGGCAGGAACAAAGGCGACAAAGGGUCAUCAUCACACGACAUUCAUGACGCUGGAGACCAAUGACAUUCCGACUGGAUCUUACAAGAGUCUGGUUACUCACCCUUUAAUGCCUAGCUCGCAUGCUCAAAAGACUGGGAACCAUACUUGGAGGUUUUCUGUCCCCGGAAAUGGCUACUUGGAGGUUCAUGUCCCUGAGACCUCACAAGCAUCAGACAUUGCGGCAUUGGAGAACUUGCUCACAGACAGAAUUGUCUACACGAACCAGUACAAGCUCCGGCACCAAUUGGCCAUCGUCGACGAUGUGGGCCAGAUCUAUGGUGUGCUGGACAAGGUGAAUGUCGAGGUUGUGGACGACGAUAAUGUUUCCUUGUCAGAGAAUGCCAAGUCUCCUGUUGUUGUCGAGGCUAUUGAGGAACCUGAUGAAUCUGACGGCACACCAUUGCGAAUCAAGAUCUCGGUUCCCUCGGCUGACGACAUGACCGACUACCUCACAAGUGCAUCCCAGUACUUUGGCGAAGUCAUGAUCAAGGGUGCCACUGUCGUCGCCGGAGGCAUCACCACGUCGAGCACAUACCUGAACUCAAAGAUCCCAGAGACACAACACCCACUCAGGAUCUCACCCUUCAUUAAGAACCGCAUCCGAAACCUAAUCUCCGUCAGGAGGAAAACCUCAGGCGUCACCAGCGACCUCAAAUCCGCCGUUAUCCAGGGCGCCCUCAGCUCUGGCUACCGUGUCAUCAAAUACAGGACGGUCAAGGAUGACCCCGCAUCCUACUCGACCAUGCAGAACAUGGCCUAUUCCAUCCUCAAUUCGGCCGGUAUCUUGAUCCAAGCCGCAGAAGAAUCCAUUGAUAUCGUCACCACCCCUGCCAUCUCGGCAACUCAGGAUCUGGCUGGACGUGCAUUGGGACCCGACGCCCGGGAAUUAGUAACCGAGGCUCUGGGGGGAUUGAAUAACUUCACGCUGGUGUAUUUUGAUGGCGCGGGGGUGUCUAGAAGAGCAUUCUUGCAUACUUCGAGGGUUGCGGCCCUGCAGACGGCGCAGGAGAUGAAGGAAGGAAAGCUCAAGAUGAAGGAGCGCAAGAAGCAUGCAGAGGAGCAUGCUCAAAAGUCGCUUAAUAUCUCUGUCCCUGCCUCUGCCCAAGCGGCUGCUGCUUCUGCACAGACCGCUGCUGCCUCUGCGGGUGCGACUGUGACUCAUGCCAAGGAGUUAAUCUUUAGUUAUUUUGGUCGUGGUGAGGAAGCUCAUGGGUCUACUUCUAGUGCUUCCUUGGACUUGUCGUUGGAGUUACCAGACUUGGUCAAGUUGUGUUUGAAAUACGGUAUUGAUGGCAUCCAUGGCCGCUUUUCUCUCGGCGACGUCUGCAAGAGUAACCGCGGCAGGUUUGGACAGACCCAUUUGUCGGUAGAGGAUGUCUUGUCGAGACUCGUUCGCUUGAGCUGUGAUGUCGCCUGCGAGGUAUCAGAUUAUGCUGGCGAGUGCAGCUGCUCGAUCCUUCCAUAUGUUCUCAGUGUCAUCCUUGGCUGCCAUGAGAGCGAGGGUAUCCAAAAGGGAGCGUGA